GAACCCGCCUAGGUGUAUUAUGUGAAUGUAGCGACCUUUUUCAUUGCUUCAUCUAGUUUUCAAAUUUGCAUAUUCAUUGGUUGUUCAUGUUCUCGAUUUCUUAGAGAAGGACAUUCAGCUUACUUAUGACAAAAUGACUGUCCUUCCUCAAAAAAUGACUUCUGCCCACGACCAAGAGCAAGACCAAGUAGAGUCUGCUUCUGCAGCUACAGCAGCUGGUGUACGUGUGCCUUCUUCUCCUCGGUGGUCUUGGAAUCGAACCACUGUUUUAGACAAGCUCGUAUUAGGGAGAACGAGGCGUAAAAUCUCUACACCCACGUUCUCGAUUCCGACGCGUCGCGGACUACCGCCAAAUCUCACUGCACAGGCUUUGGAGGAAGUCCUGGACGAUCAAGUGGAAGAUGGGUAUUUGGUGAAUAUUCCCAUUGGUGACAUUGUGGCAACAAAUGGGAAGAAGAUAUUGGUACCAACGAGUGGAACUGGUAGUCGUGAUGGAGCGAAUGGAGAGGGAGACUGCCACGGUUGUUACCUUGAAGGUGAAAACAAGACGAGUGAAGUAGAGGACUAUCUAGGCUACAACAAUACGAGCAAUACUUCUUCCUCCUCUACUUCUAGUCUAGACUCUUCGAGUAGAGCACCAGGUAGAGCAGUUCUCUAUCUGGGUUUCCGAGACGGCUUAACACCUCCGACGAAGAGAGCAGAACUAAAUGGUGGAGUAUCGCAGUUACUUGCUGACACAGGAUCAUUGUUGAAGGCUCCAACUUCUGUCUCUCCAACCUCUGGUCCGCCUAUGACAGGAGUCAGUGAAGUAGAGGCACAAUUGGUGGAGAAAGAUCAAAUAACAGCAACCACCGCAAAUGGACUCGAGGAGGCUUCUAAAGUCGUAGUUUUCAAGAAAAAGAAGCGACGCGUAAUGGCUGUCGACGAGCUACCUGGGAUCAACACAACUGGUGCUAAGCCAACUAACGGAAUGUCUCAACAAAAAGGAGGUAACAAAAACCAAAAUCAAAAAGGAAAUGGGAAAACCUCUUCUAGUAUGUUGACAAUCAAAGAUUGCUUCUCACGCGAGCCAAAGAUGGUAGCCACGGAUGCUCAGACGGGAGCGAAGAGCAUCGCUAUCAAAGACGGGAUGAACAAAAAAGACAUCAAAGUGAAUAUAGGAACAGGAGCGACUACAACUACGACUCCUACUGCUAGCGUUGAGAACAUCAGGAGUAAAGCAGAAACCUCCACGACUGACCCUAAGCCCAAGGCGACUGAGCAGAAUCAGAAGACGCCACAGCCAGAUGUCCCGACUUCAAAAAAGCAGAUCUCCAGCACAUUGAAGCCAGUCACUCUGGAGAAUACGCUUCAUGGUAGCCAGAAGAUCGAGGAAAAAGACGUUUGCUUAUUGGCCAAAAACUUCACCUUCGCGACACAACCAUCAGAGGAAAUUGCCUGUCAAGUCGGUCGCAACCGUGCACAACGCAGUGUUGAGCGGAGUCGCGAUGGGUGGAAAGAAAUCUCAACGACUACAUCUCAAUCUUGUCAAGCAAAAGACCUAAGAGCAGAUACGCCUUCAUUCCUUUACUCCAUCCAAGGUGGCGCUUUUGAAGGUUUGCGCGUGAUUGCCAGUAAGAACGCAACAACAAAUUCAAGAAAUUCGUGUUCCAACUACUCCAUUAAGCAUGUUGCUCCUGCUGGUUUUGCGAUUGGUGGUUUGGGCUUAGGGGAGUCGUUCUCGGACAGAAUGAGGGUCGUGGACACUGUAGUGAAAAGCUUGCCGGAUUAUAUUAUAUCCGCAACAUUCCAGAAGCAGAAGAACGGUGGUGGAGAAGAGAAGAGUGCUGGCAACGGAGAUGGAGAAGUUCGUAGUCUUGCCGACCAAGUGGAACAAACUCAACAAACUGCUCUUCAUCUACUCCAGCCCCGUUUUCUUCAACUAGGCGCUUGUGGGGACGUGAUCGACGUCCUAGAGAUGGCGGAUAAGAUCGAUGUUUUCGAGCUCAGUUUCCCGUUCCAUGCAGCUAAUCAUGGUGUGGCACUUACUUUCGACGUCAGCAUGGAUGACGUGGUCACAGCAGAAGCCAUGUCCAUGACAUCUUCUUCAGCAGAGACUACAACUAGUAGUGUGAAGCCUUGGUGCGUCGAUCUCAACGAAAAGCAGAUGGCAGAUGAAUUCACUCCCAUCGAUCCCAAUGGCGAACACACUCACAAGAACGUCGAAGAACACUACACACGCGCUUAUCUACACCAUUUAUUAGGAUUGCAAGAGUUGGUGGCCUACAUUUGGUUGACGCGACACAAUUUGAGGAAGUAUCGUGCACUUUUCGCAGAGAUCCGAAAGCAUCUGCGAGCUGGUACUUUUCUCGAGUAUCGUUUGUGGUUCUACACAAGGCAUGGAAUUGAUGUCGGAGAAGUGGAGGGGUGGAGAACGGCAUAAAGAACUCAAAUGAAAAUGAACCCCAACGCCAGCCCAAUUGGAUCAUUGAAUUUGAAACAUCGACAAACGUUGACAUUCUCACUACUCACCCUACUGAUUCUCUUCCGAUUCAUAGUGCAUCUUUGGCCUUCCCAGCCGAACUCUGCAACACGACCUUACUAUGACUUUAUUAGUAAAUGUUUCUCUUCCAUUUCGCAUUCGCUUCUCGCCCAAAAUAAAAAUUUACUUACCUGUUGUCUUGUUGGGAUGAACUCGAAAUUCGUAAU